UAAUUGAGAUGAUUGCGUAUUCGUGUAUAGCGAGAGGUGAAACCAUUUUAGUUGACUGUAGCAAUAUAGAAGACCAGAACUACAGGGAAGUGGUUGCUUCCAUCCUGCCCAGCUUCCCCUCACGAGGUACAGAACGCAAGACGUCCUACAACGCCAAAGAUGUCCUGUUCCACACAAUUCUGCACGACGAUGUGCUCUACCUCGUAAUAUCUGAUCUGGAGUCAGGCUACGUCACACCGUACAACUUCUUAACCGAGGUGAAGAGGCGGUUUUGCUCCACCAGUUUGAUUGUGCGUGCCAGUUCAGCCGGCCCCUUUGCUUUUACUCGAGAGUUCCAGCCGGUUCUACAUCAGUUGAUGAUGGAAGCCUCCUCUGGAAACGUGUUUGCCGAUCUGAACUCACAAGUGGACGACGUGAAGAAUGUCAUGAAUGAGAACAUCGAGAAGCUGCUGCAGAGAGGGGAAACGCUGGACGACCUUUUGAGGAACACACAGAAUCUCGAAAUUGAGGGUAAUGCGUUUCGGACGAAAACGAGACGAGUGAAGAACAGGUUCUGGUGGGAGAAUGUCAAGAUGUGGAUUGUGCUGGCAUUCGUCAUCGUGACAGUUGUCACACUUACCACCCUAUUUUUCACGUGUGUUAUCAAAAUAGGACCCAACUGCUAGUAUGGUUCGGUCUGGCACGUAAUUAGGGGGGUUUCAAAAUUUGAAAAUCGUGACAUUCCAGCAAUAGUUUGCUUAGUUUAAAGGAU